CAGCCAAAUCACAAGUAGCUAGUAGCUAGCAGCAACUUUAAUUUGCCAUGGCCGAGUUGGUGAAGAAAUUAGCGGUAAAGGUCACGCUUAUUAUCUUGUUUUUUGUGAUGGGGCAUUACUCGGAGCAAGUUCAUGAUCUUCCACAGUCUGGGGCUAUGCAGAACAUCAUGCGGCAGCUGAGAUCCCCGGCAGAGCUAAGCAGCUGGAGCGAUUUCUGCAACAUUCCACUCCCAAUCCUAACCCUCGUUUGCUAUGGGGAGAACAUAACGCAGCUUCAUAUCACUAGCCAAUUCCUGCCCCGAGAUAUCUCCACUUCCGCCCUUUUCUCCAAUCUCCAAGGCCUCCCUGACUUGAAGGUCCUCUCUCUAGUGUCUCUGGGUCUCACGGGCCCUCUCCCCUCAAGCAUUGGGCUUUUAUCUUCUUUGGAGAUUCUGAACAUAAGCUCAAACUGCUUCAGUGGUAGCCUUCCUGUGGAGAUGUCGUCUCUCAAGAGCCUCAGGACACUUGUCUUGGACAAUAACAGGUUCGCAGGCCAGGUCCCUGAAUGGCUGGCUUCACUCCCUGCUUUGACUCUUCUGAGUUUAAGAAAUAACUCUUUCACUGGUUCACUGCCCAAUUCUUUGGCUACUUUAGAACCAUUAAGAACCCUUGUUGCUUCUGCAAAUAAUCUGUCCGGGAAUCUGCCCGAUUUUCACAAAUUGAGAAAUCUCCAGGUUGUUGAUUUGGAGGGCAAUGGUUUUGGGCCCAAUUUCCCCAGCCUGCCAACAAAGUUAGUGUCUUUGGUGUUGAGGAAGAACAGGUUCGGGUUUGGGAUUCCAGAUGGAGUAGUCAAGUGUUACCUGUUAAAAAAGAUGGACGUUUCUUUGAAUGAGUUUGCGGGGCCCUUCCCCCCAUCUCUGUUGACAAUGCCAUCGAUCGAUUAUCUGGAUGUUUCUGGUAAUAAACUGACGGGGAAGCUCUUCAAGAACAUGUCAUGUAACCCGGAACUCUGGUAUGUGGGACUGUCAUCGAACCGCUUGACCGGGGAAUUGCCCGAGUGUUUGGAGCCGGGAAACGGUCACAUAAAGGUUUCAUACUGGGGCAAUUGUUUGUCAAAUAAUGCAGAUCAAUGGCAGCAUGGUUAUGAGUUUUGUCGCAAUGAAGCAAUGGCUGUGGGAGUUGUUCCUAGGAGGAAACAUGAGGAGAAAAAGGGACGUACUAAAGCCGUCCUCAUCGCGUCGAGCAUCAUAGGGGGGCUUGUUGGAGGGGCGGCGCUCAUUGGAUUGGCGGUCUUCUUUUGUGUAAAAGAGAAAUUUGCUGACAAGACGCCGCGUGUGAGGCAGAUCAUGGAAGACGUGUCACCCGCGUACACGCUGAAGCUACUAAAUGACGCCAGGUAUAUUUCUGAAAGCAGGAAGUUGGGACUGCUGCUUGGCUUCCCCCCUUAUCGAACUUUUGGUUUGGAUGAGCUAAGGGAGGCUACUAAUAACUUUGACGCAUCCAAUAUAAUAGCCGAAGGCUCUUGUGGUCAGAUAUACAAAGGCUUGCUAACCGACGGAACUGUGGUUGCUAUAAGAGCCUUGAAGAUGAUGAAGAAACAUAGCAUCCAACACUACACUCACCAACUUGAACUCAUCUCCAAAAUCAGGCAUUGCAACUUAGUUAGUGCUAUAGGCCACUCCUUUGAGUAUUAUCAGGAGGAUAAUAAUCAUUCAUGCGUCACCACAAUAUUUCUUGUAUUUGAAUUUGUGCCCAACAGAACUUUGAGAGAAGCCAUUUCGGAUGGGCAAAAGUUUUCUUGGUCACAGAGGAUGGCGGCUGCGUUAGGAAUAGCAAGGGGAAUCCAGUUUCUUCACACAGGGAUAGUUCCUGGCAUCUUCUCAAAUGAACUCAAGAUAACAAAUAUCUUACUGGCGGAUCAUCACAUCCAUGUCAAAAUCAGCAAAUACAAUCUCCCUUUGUUAGCAGCAGCGGCAGCUGAGAAUAAUAAGUGUGAUUUUAAGGAAAAAGAUGAUGUCUAUGGCUUUGGAGUUAUUUUACUUGAGAUGAUAGUGGGGAGGAAAAUCAUAACUGCAAAUGACAUUGAUCUCUCCAAAGACAUCUUAUAUGUAAGCUUAGCAGCUGAUGAGCUAGCACGGCGAAGCAUUGUGGACCCCUCAAUCUGCAAGGAAUGCUCUGACCACUCGCUGAAAACCAUGAUGGACCUUUGCUUAAGGUGUGUUUCGAACCAUGUGUCGGGUCGUCCAUCCGUGGAGGACCUAAUCUGGAAUGUGCAGUUUGCCGCUCAGCUUCAGGAAUUGUGGCACCGGGACUCCAAGCCUAGAUGAUUCAUUAGAGACCACAGAGAAGGGAUGAUCCUGCUUAUAAGGAUUUUCAUCACAAAUUUGUUCUGAAGGAAGGGUACGGUGUUUGAGGAGGUACACGGUCAAUUAGCAGGUUAUGCAGUCAAUUCCCAGAGCAUUGGGGUGAAUUUUUAUUAUAUAGAUGUAGGCAUCAAGUUCUACAAAGAGUUUGCAUCUAUAGUUUGUCCCAAAAUGAUAGCAGGGAUUACUUUGUAUAGUAAAAAGGAUUUGAUAAUAUGAAUAAGUUUAUGUAGUUAUGUUGUUUUGUUAUUUUUGCAAUGUAUUGGUAUGUAAAUUGUAAACAAAUUUGAGAAAUGAAUCUAUUUCUACCUUUUCUUCAUUGUAAUUUAUGUUUUGAACUAUAUGUACACAUGU